AUGAUAUUGCUAAUAUUUGCAAACAUUUCAUCAAUCAUCUUAUAAUUUUGGGAAUGCCAAUAAAUUAUUGAAUAUGUCUUUCUAAGCAUAUCUAUAAGCAUUGAUAUAUUUCUUAUUGCUUUCUCUUUUAGAAAUUAGUAAUAAUACUUAAUUAGAAUGUUACUUAUGAUUUAAGCCUCAAUCCUUUUUUCAGUAUUUAAAAAUCCAAAGCUUUUAGCAAUCAAUGCAAUAUAUCAAUGUAUAAUGAGAUAAUUAAUGUAAACAUCGAAUCUAUUAUUUAAUUACCUUGAAUUUUCAAGUAACACUUUCAUUUUAUUAGGUUUUUUUGUAUUGAUAGCAAUUUUGAGUACAAGAUAUGAAUUAUUUGAUAUUAUGCGUACAUCUAUAUCAGCAAUUUUCUUUAUUGGUUUUUAAGUUAAGAUUCAAGUUUCCUUAAAAUAAAAUUCUAAGAAAGUAGUUGAAAACCAAACAGAAUAAUUCCCAAUACAAAUAGAAACUGAGGCAAUUAUAACUUAAUAAUAAUAAAUUUAAGUGCUAACAAAUUAUCCAGAAAUUAUACUAGAUGAUUUCUUAGCAGUUGUUCAUUCAAAUUAAAAGAUGAAUGAAAUGUUAUAUCAAAUGAAUUAAAAUGACGCAAUAAAAUUCUUACAAGAAAUACGUAUAACUAAUAUUGAUUCUAUUUCUGAAAAGAAAUUAGGAAGAUAUAGAGAAGACUCAUUAUUAUUAUUAUUAAGAAGAAUAAUUAAUAAAAGAUCAGAAUUUUAUGUUUAAGUUUUGGAUUAUAAUCAUCCAUUAUUAUAAAAAUAUUUAAUUUUGAUUCAUUAUAAGAAUUACUUUUAAAUUCAAUUUAUUUAAGUAAAUGAAAGAGAUACUUUUAUCAAAAAGAAAUAUUUAAGUUAAAUUUUAUAUUAAUUAUUCAAAUCAAUCUCCCAUGAAUUUGGAACAUUAUUAAAUUAUCUCUUAGCAUUAUCUUAAGUAGCAAUAGAAUAAUUUCCAAAUUAAGUAGGAUUUUUUUAACCUAUAAAAGCAACAGGAUAAAUAAUGCAUCAUUUAGUUUAAGAUAUGGUUGAUUAUAGUGAUAUAUUAAAUAAGAAAUUCCAGUUGCAAUUUGCACCUGUAGAUGUGGAAAAAUUACUAUAAGAAGUUAUAGGUUUCUAUAAGUAAUAAAUUGAAGAGAAAGGUUUGACAAUUUGUUAUUAAAUUAUAUUAGAUGAUAAAUCAAAAUUUAUUGAUGGAAGAAGAUGUCAAUAAGUUUUAAAUAAUCUAAUUGCAAAUGCAUAAAAAUUUACAGUCUAAGGAGGAAUCAAGAUUACUGUUACUGAAUAAUCAGGUUUUACAAUAUUUUCAGUUGAAGAUACUGGAUUUGGUAUGAAUUAGGAAACAUUCGAAAAUUUAAAUUAAAUUUUAGAAAAUGAAUUUAAGUCAGAAGAAAAGAUUUCAUAAAAUACUGCUGGAUUUGGCUUAGGUUGUUAUUUAUCUAAUUAAAUUGCUUUGAAAUUAUCAAAUCUAUCAAUGUUAGCUGGUGGAGGAUUAAAAUAUAUUAGAUUAGAAAAAGGAAUUCGUGUUUCUUUUAAAGUAAAGAAUUAACCUUUUGAAAUAUUAUAUACAAGUUGUGAUAUAUAAUCUAUGAAAUCUGGAAUUUUAUUUAAUGAAAAUGGUUAUUUUGAUUCUCGUCAAUCUAUGAUAGAUUUAUAAUUAACAAAUAGAAAUAAAUCUGCAGAAAAUCAUUUAAUGUUAACAGUGAAUAGAAAAUCUGCUUUAUUAUCAAUAUCAUUUUCUCCAAAUUAAAUAAUUUAUUAAGUAGAAUAAGAAUUGAAACAAGAAAAUGAAAUUGCUGAAAGAGUUAGACAAUGUUAAUUUAUUAGAAGAAGGGAAACAUAAAAAAAAUCACCUACUUUUGGAGCUUCUUCAUCUGAUAUACAAGAUAUAACAAAUAUCAGAAAUUUUAGAGAAUAAUCACAUAUAUUAAUUGUUGAUGAUGAAAUGAUUAAUAUUAUUAGUUUAAAGAUUCUGCUAAAUUAAUUUAAUAUUAAAUGUACUUUUGCUUUUAAUGGAUUAGAAGCAUUAAAUAAAAUUAAAGAAUGUAUUAAAUAAUAUUAAUUAUAAUAGCUAAAGAAAGAUUUGAUUUGAUUUUUAUGGAUGUUAAUAUGCCAAUGAUGGAUGGAUUUUAAGCUACAGAAUAAAUAUUAAAAUUAGAUGAUAAUUUUAUUAUUGUAGCAUGUACUGCUUUUACUGAUGUAGAAACAAAAGCUAAAUGCUACUCUGUUGGUAUGAAGUACUAUAUCAAUAAACCAGUUACAAAAUUAGAACUUUUGAAAUUAUUGAAUCACUUAAAUUUAAUUAUAUAAUGA